AUGGAGGUGGAGGUGCAAACUGAGAAACCAAGCAAGGAGGAGAGAGAGGAGGAAGGAGGAGAGGAGGAGACAGGAGAGUCCUUGCAGGAGACCCUGGUUGCGAAAACGUUUUUUUCCGCAACUACAAGAAGUACGAUCGUGGAGGAGACGUUGGAGGAAACUGAGAAAGCUAAAGAAGAUGAGGAAGGAGGAGAGGAAGAUGAGGCUCAGGCUAAGAAGGUUCUGGGAUCCUGGGAAGCAGAGGUGUCCUCUGAUGAAAAGCCUCCUCUUCCUGACCCUGCGUUCAACAGGAGGUGCAGCCUGAUCGUCAGUGAAGUGAAGUAUAAGGAGGACUUUGAGAAGAUGAGGGGUCAGAGUCUGUUUGUUCCUGGAGCCGAACUCAUCCACUCCAAGAACAUCAGUGCCGUGAUAUCUGAGUCGAAGUACAAAGAGGAGGGGAAGAAGGAGGCGUCCAUGUCUCUGUACUCCAUUUUGCCGCAGACCCCUGAGAUUCAACACGCCAAAGAGGCCUCACAGCUGCAGAGCCAGGUGAAGUACAGAGAGGAGGCGGGGAAGUCGAGCAGUCUGUUCUCCACCCUCCCUCACACUAUGCAGACACAGCUGGCCAAAGAGCAGACGCAGCUGCAGAGUCAGGUGAAAUAUAAAGAGGGACACAAGAAGGACGCGUCCUCCUCUCUUUACCACCUCCUCCCUGAGACCGCUGAGAUGCAUCUGGCCAAACACCAGUCAGAGAUCCAGAGCCAGACGAAGUACAAGAAGGACCAAGAGGAUCUUUCUGAAACGUUGUUCUCUUUGAUGCCGGAGACUCUGGAGACUCAGUUUGUGAAAGAGAUGUCUGAGACACACAGCGAGGUGAAGUAUAAGCAGGCUGGGAAGCAGCAGACAGCGUCCUCUCUUUACUCCAAACUUCCAGAAACUCUGGAGACGAAACACGCCAAGGAAGCGACUGAACUGCAGAGUGAGAAAAAGUACAAAGAUGAGGGGAGGAAGGACAUGACGUCGUCUCUUUACUCUCAGCUUCCUGAUACAUCAGAGACUCAGUUUGCACGAGAGAUGAGCGAGAUUCAGAGUGAGAACAAGUACAAGGAGAGUGGGAGGAGGAGCCAGUCUGUCAGUAUGUACUCUCAGCUGGCAGACACCAACGAGAUCCAGUUUGCAAAAUCUGUUUCUGAAAUACAAAGUGAGGCUAAAUAUAAGGAGGCAGGGCGAAAAGAGGCGUGCAGCUCUCUGUACUCGAAGCUGCCGCAGACUCUGGACACGCUGCACGCUAAAGAGGCCUCACAGCUGCAGAGCCAGGUGAAGUAUAAGCAGGAGAGCAGGAAGGAGGCGACCAGCUCUCUGUACCACCAGCUACCUGAAACCUCAGAGACUCAGCUGGCUAAAGAUCUGAAAAACAUUCACAGCGAGGUGAAGUAUAAAGAAGAGGGGAGGAAGGAGUUGGGGAAGAACUUGUACUCGCUCCUCCCUGAGACGGCAGACACGUUCUUCGCCAAGCAGAUGUCAGAAAUACAGAGCCAGACAAAGUACAAGAAGGACAGAGAGGAUCUUUCUGAAACGCUGUUCUCUUUGAUGCCGGAGACCCUGGAGACUCAGUUUAUCAAAGAGAUGUCUGAGACACACAGUGAGGUCAAGUAUAAAGAAGCGGGAAAGAAAGAGGCCAGCAGCGCUCUGUACCACAAACUACCGGAGACUCUGGAGACGCUGCAUGCUAAAGAGGCCACUGAGCUGCAGAGUGAGAAUAAGUACAAAGAGGACUGGAAGAAGUCGAUGUGGUGCAGUCAUUACGCCCAGCUGCCGCUCACCGCCGAGACGCAGCUCGCCGCCAAGAUGACCGAACUGCAGAGCGAGAGUAAAUACAAAGAGGAAGGGAUGAGGAGUCUCUCUCAGAGUUUCUACUCUCAGCUGCCAGAAACUCCUGAGACUCAGUUAGCUAAAACCGUCUCUGAGCUGCAGAGCGAGGCUAAGUAUAAGGAGGCGAGCAGGAAGGAGGCGGGCAGCGCUCUGUACCACACACUGCCUGAAACUCUGGACACGCUGCACGCUAAAGAGGCCUCCGAGCUGCAGAGCCAGGUGAAGUAUAAGGAAGGAGGGAAGAAGGACAUGGGCUCCUCUCUGUACUCUGUGCUGCCGCAGACAGAAGAGAUGAAGGUCGCUAAAGCUGCCAUGGAGCUGCAGAGUGAGAACAAAUAUAAGGAGAAAGGCAGGCAGGAGAACAGCUGCAGUGCUUUCCACCAGAUGGCUGAGACUAAAGAGAUGGACUUCAUCAAACACAUCUCUGAACUCCAGAGUGAGACAAAGUACAGGAAGGACAAAGAGGAUCUUCCCAACACGUUGUUCUCUCUGCUGCCGGAGACUCUGGAGACUCAGUUUGUGAAAGAGAUGUCUGAGACACACAGCGAGAGUAAAUACAAGCAGGCGGGUAAGAAGGAGCUGGGGAACUCUCUGUACUCUGUGCUGCCAGAGACCAAGGACACUCAACACGCCAAAGAGCAGAGUCAGCUGCACAGCGAGAAAGCGUACAGGGAGGAGGGGAAGAAGGACGCCGGCUGCAGUCUGUACUCUCAGAUGCCUCAAACCAUCGAGACGGUGUUCGCCAAAGAGAUCGCCAAGACGCAGAGCGAUGUGAGUCUGUGGUUUCGGGAAUCCUUUAUUGGUCCAACAGCGGGAAAUUAA